GUCUUUGUCACAUUGUUUUACUUUUUGCAGAUUGACCAAAAUGGCAUCUGAACUGCUGAGGUCCCAAAGGAAACUGUCCAAAAUAGCUUUGAUCCAGGAAACUCAAAGCAAAACUGAGCAACAACCAACCACAUUUCUACUGGCAACACAGAGUGAAAUAUUUGGUUGAAUGUUACAGUGGACAGCAACAUGUCUAAUCCAGACAACAAAUACACAAAACUGCGAUGGAUAUUAACCAUUUCUGGACUUUUGCUGUACAUGGUGGAUAUUUUUAUGGAUGUUGCCGUGGCUCUGAAAUAUUUUCAGGAUAAAGAUUAUGUCUGGGCUGGACUGACUAUGGUGUUUAUUCUGGUUGGGCUGGUGGUGACGCAGAUCUUCAGUUAUGCCUGGUACAUAGAUGACAUGAAUGAUGUCAUGAUAAAUCCUGGAAGAACAGAAGAAAUAUCAGGCAUGUCCACAGGUGUACUGACUGUCAUCCAUCUAUUUGGUAUGGGCAUCUUUACCAGGUAUUACCACCUUCUGAAAAAGGCUUUUGAGGUGGUUUGGACUUCAGCUAGGACGGAUGAUCACCACAAGCUGUUUUGCCACGCCACUGAUCUGAGCAUGCUCAAAAUGUUUGAGGCAUUCCUGGAGAGUGUUCCCCAACUCCUUCUACAGCUUUAUAUAGUGCUGGGACACAAUGAGAGCUCGGUCAUUCAGUAUUUGUGUAUGGCCUUCUCUUUCUUUAAUGCUGCAUGGGCUCUUGUGGAUUAUCGCCGCUGCUUGCGCAGAUCCAUCCCUCGUUUCAGGGAGAUGCCCUCCGGCCUCCCCGCAGCUGUCUAUCUCCUCUACAAAUUAUGUACCAUCACCAGUCGAAUCCUGAGCUACACUCUCCUCCUCAUGCUGAGCAUCUACAGCACCAUAGCUCUCCCCAUCCUCUGGUUGCUGGCGACAAUCUGGACACACACACUUAAAACAGACUUCUGCUCAACCUUAACCUCAAAACACAAACGGCUUGAGUUUCUCUACCGGGCUGUCGUAGGGGUCAUACUCAUGUUCACUUUUUUCAAUGUCAAAGGGCAGGACACCAAAGUGGCGAUGACUGUCUAUUACUGUUUUUACACUCUUAUGAACAUUUUGACUCUAUCACUGUUGGGUUUCUUAAAGCCAGGGUUGCAGAAAGGUACUUUCCUUAUGACAGUAAGCGGAGUGAUUUCUUGGGGUUCAGUGUUGGGACUAGUGAGUCUUGUGCUGUAUUACCUCUUCCUGCACCCCAGAGAGACUUUGCGUGAGGCAGAUGAGGUGGACGGCAUAGGAAGGGAAGUGGUGAUCACUGGGAGGAUAAAUAACUUCUUACAGCCUUGAUCUAUAAGCCCGGUUAUAAGAGAGCAGAGGGAUAGAUAUGCACUUACUGUAAAUCUGAAACCUAACAAUUUGAGGAGAAGGAGAACAAUGCUUUCUUAUAACUGAUACAAAUGGUGCAAUAAGGCUGAAUAUUUCAAUAAUGUAAUAGUUUUAUUUAUUCUUGUUUUAAUAAAAUAUAUAUGAAUGACA